AUGUCGUUCAACAACGGCGGCGGGUACACGGUGGCCGGUUCGGCUUCGCAGAGCGCAUUCAGCGCAGAUGAGCCAUAUUCGAACCAUGGCUACCACAGCGGAGAAAAGCGACUCCCCACAGCACCACGCUCCGCUCCCCUCGACAGGGUCCGGGGCUGGAGCACCAAGAAGAAGCUCGUCGUCUUCGGUCUGGCCGCACUCGCCCUACUCGCCCUCAUCAUCGGACUUGCCGUCGGCCUCACCGUCGGCAACAGCAGCGGAAGCGGCUCUGCCGAUGACGGCUCCUUUGUGCCCAGCAGCCCAGACGGCUCACAGCCGCUCGACGGCAGCCGCGCCAGCCUGCUCAGGGCCGGCACCUUUUACACCGCCAACGACAACUCGUCGUCGUUUGUCUGGUCCCCCGCUCCCUCGUCGUCCUCGUCCGGCUCGACCUCGUCGCCGACGCUCGGCAACCUGGGCGGCUACCGCAGCGACAGCCAGGGCGUCGACGUCGUGCUCAAUUCGUCGGUCACCUACCAGCCCAUCGACGGCUUCGGGUCGGCGCUGACCGACUCGGCGGCCUACCUCCUAACCCAGCUCAAGUCAGACCAGCCCGGCCUCUACGGCCGCACCAUGGACUACCUCUUCAACAACGCCACCGGCAUGCAGAUUGUGCGCGUCACGAUGGCAUCGAGCGACUUUAGCGUCGGCAGCGAGUACACCUAUAUCCCCGCCUCCAAGGCGCCCAGCUUCGACAAGGCAGCCACCCAGCUCGACGACCUCGACGCCAUGCUCGCUGGCUUCAGCAUCGAGGGCACCCAGACGACCAAGUACGUGCUGCCCGUGCUCCAGGACGCCCUCAAGCGCAGUCCGGACCUCAAGGUGAUGCUCUCGCCCUGGUCGCCGCCGGCUUUCAUGAAGACCAAGAACCAGCUCGACGGCGGUACCCUGCGCGACGGCUUCGAGGCCGCCGCGGCCGAGUACUACCUGCGCACCGCCAAGGCCUUUGCGGCCAAGGGCGUGGUGCCGUAUGCCAUGACGCUGCAAAACGAGCCGUCGUUUCCGACCGACUACCCCUCGAUGACGAUCAACGCGACCGUUCAGAGCAGGAUGGCGUCGGAGCUCAAGAAUCGCCUCGCCGCGCAGCCGCCGCCGCUGCGCAGCGUCAAGGUGCUCGGCCACGACGACAACUGGUCCGGCUGGGACCGCGCGGCCGACCUCGUCAGCCUCAACUCGACGGCCCUCGACGGCGUCGCCUUCCACUGCUACAAGGGCUCCCCGUCCGAGGUCAGCAACUUUACAACCGCCCUUUCCUCGAAGUCUUCGAGCGGCGGCGGCGGCGGCGGCGUGGCCAAGCCCGAGGUGCACAUGACCGAAUGCACGGGCACCGAGACACCGACGUCGCGGUGGUCGGCCAUGCAGGGCUGGCUGGGACGGGUGCACCUUCCGAUGCUGGCGCAGGACUCGCGGAGCAUCAUCAUGUGGAACCUGGCGCUCGACGCCAAGAAUGGGCCGUACCUCGCCGCGGGCUACUGCUCCAACUGCGUCGGGGCGCUGACGGUGGACAUGACGAACCGCACCUCGGCGCUGACGGUGGGCGCGCAGUCGUACCUCGUCACGCAGUUUGCCGCCGCCUCGCGCGACCUCUCGGCCGUGGGCGGCGGCAAGGCGGUGCGAAUCCAAACGACGUUUCCCGGUCCCUCUCCCUCCAUCGCGGCGGGGGACAGGUCGUGUAUCGAGCUGGUGGCCUUUGCUGCGCCGACGUCGGGUCAGACGCUCACCAAGCCCGCCACCACCACGACGACGACGACGGCGACGGCGAUGACGAGGAGGAUCGGACUGGUCGUCGAGAAUACGUGCACGAGGGACGUGGACCUCGUCGUCUCCUCCGAUGGGCGCAGGCUCAACCUCACAGCGCGACCGGGACUCGAGACGUUUGUCUGGACCGCGCCGUAG